GGAGAGAGAAAGCGGGAGGGGCCGAGGCAGAGACACUCGCGCGCACAGGCUCUAUCUUUAACGACUCCUUACUCGUUGUAUACGUGCACUACAUAGGGCGUGAAAGAAUUGCCUUUACACCCUAUGUGGUGCACUACGUAGUGCGAAAGGACAGCCGUGAUAUAGCCGUGCUCUCUCUGUAGCGUCCUGUUGGUGUGAUAGCCGGGUAGUCAUUUACACAGCAGUGGAUGUGUGGAGCCUGAGAGGUUUGUGGCCGCGCUCCUGUGGCUCCGUGCUAACAGCGCCGCCAGUUGUGCAGCGAGCGGCUAUGUGCACCAAGCACUGGGCAGAAAAUGAGGAUCGGACGUGAGUUACGUGCACAUCCGGGAGCAGACGAGAUGAAAUGGAGAGCUCGGACAGUAGGGACUUUUUAAAAGAAAGCUCUUCGUCUCACGGACCCGAUAGCGUUUGUCCCGAGAGGAAGGAAGCGGCCCGCGACGGCUCUGCGGCGGGGAUCAUGGGCCUGACCGGGUACUGCAGCCCGUCCGCCGCGGCCGAGCUCCUGGGGGGUCUAACGCCCAAAUCCGGAGCCUCAGCUCCGCGGCAAGAGCCUAAAACAAACGGCGAGGUAGCAUCAUCUCUGCCGUCUCUAGGUGGGAAUUACAACGGAUUUCCUUUACAAGCAGAUUCCUGCAGGCAGAAGAAUGGACCCAGCGAGACGCCCAACGGUCCAAGCGUCUGCGCCCUGCGACCACCGGACAACUGCACCCUCCCCAUGAAGCGAUCAAACGGAGAUCUGAAAUGCAGAAAUCAGCGGUUAAGAGAUGAUGAGAUUAUCUCUGGGGUGUUAGAUGGAGUGGAUUUGGGGUCACCAAAGCACCUGGAAGACCUCUGCCCACCUCCUGACUGCAAAAAGAGGCGGCUAGAAAAUGACUCCAAAACAGAAACCGUGAAAAGCGCACAGCCCGCAGGGCCUUUGGCAGGCGACAGCCAGCAUCCGAAUCACCACAGCGGCUCGCACGAUGUGUCCUCUCCUGGACGAGUCCACCACAACGGGCGCAGUGUGGUGACCCAGACCUCAGCAUCAGGGAGCGUGGUGUCUGUGGGGGUACCCUCCGUCCCGCCGGCGGGUGGAGUCGCGGCCAGCUGGUCCAUGGAGAGUAUUGCCCAGCUCUACAUAGUGCCUUGUAUGAAAUACUAUGGCAUCUGUGUUAAAGAUAACUUCCUGGGCUCACAACUUGGUGACCGGGUGCUGCAGGAGGUGGAGACGCUGAAUCGCAGUGGGAAGUUUCGUGGAGGACAGCUGGUGACCCAGAGGAGCAUCCCAUCCAAGAACAUCCGUGGAGAUCAGAUAGCCUGGGUGGAGGGCGGAGAACCUGGCUGCGAGGCCAUCGGCAUGCUCAUGGCUCAUGUCGAUGAAGCCAUCAUGCACAGUUCAGCAAACGGACAGCUUGGGGAAUAUGUUAUUAAUGGCCGUACUAAGGCUAUGGUGGCGUGUUACCCUGGCAACGGCACGAAAUACGUGCGUCACGUGGAUAAUCCAAAUGGAGAUGGACGCUGCAUUACCUGCAUCUACUAUCUGAAUAAGAACUGGGAUGUGAAGGUUCAUGGUGGAUUACUGCAGAUCUACCCUGAGGGCCGAAAUGUUGUCGCUAACAUCGAGCCGUUCUUUGACCGUCUGAUCAUUUUCUGGUCAGACAGGCGAAACCCUCACGAAGUGAAGCCGGCCUACUCUACUCGAUACGCCAUCACAGUUUGGUACUUCGACGCGAACGAGCGAGCCAAAGCCAAGGAAAAGUACAGACUAGCUAUGGGACAGAAGGGGGUUGAAGUGCCGGUCAGUCGAGCGGAUAAUAAAUAAGUCCUCAUCAGCUCAGGCAUCCCAGUGUGUCCUUCUAUGUAUGUGCCUACCCAUGCUGCUCGCUGAACAGCUGUUUUCAUGGGAAGACACGAGGAGCUGGACAAGCAGUAAAGCCAAUGCAGGCAAAGAAAAAAAAAAUCCCUACUCCUGUUGGCCUGGGACUGACCAAUCAGGUACACUUUAGUGAGAAUUUAUGGCCGCUGGAUGGAGAAGGGUUCAGGCUGAUUACACACAGAAGAUGGCUACUGAAUGGAGGAGCAGUGACUCUGUCAGUCAGAUUCAGCUUGGCAACUACUGAAAAGCUCAAACUUGAGAAUAUUACAUGAAUAAAAUUGCCAAAAUGUAUUACAGAUUAAUGAUCACUACUGUACUUUUGCCCUUAUCUCUAAGAACCUUUUUUUUUUUUUUUUUUUUUUGGCAUAGUAAUAAAUCAGAUUCUCUUUGCUCGUUAUAUGAAUUAGCACUUCCUUGUGGAGAAGACACCCCUUUCAGUAGUCAAGUUCAGACUCUUUGGGGAUGGAAGGAGAAGAGGAAGUGAUAAGUGACUGGCUGACUCGGUCCUGACCAUAUCAUAAGCUGUUAAGCAGUGGUCACGUUAAGCAGUGUUAUUGUCGCCCAGUGAAGUACACCUACUCCGACACCCAAAUAACACAAGUGGAACUUUACACUCCAGACAUUGUAGAGUGAACAGAGAACCUUAUGACUGCUGGUACCGCGCUUGGUCAGUUCCUCAGCAUCGAGGAUUAGACAUGCCUUGUCUAAUACACACUGGUGUAUAAUCUGCAGAACAUAUUUAAGGCUGUACAGCAGGAGGGUGAAAACAGGGUUCAAUGACUGUGAUUUUUACAUGUACGGAUGUGUUUUAUAGUGAGAAUGUUAGCCAUGAUUUCAUGGUUAUGCCUGUAAUGUUUUUCUAAACUAAACGGCCUUCUCUUGUUAGAAAGCACAGACAGAGUGAAGUGUGCUAGCAUGUCUUUAAAAGGCCACUCUGUGUUUUAAUGGCGAAGCACUUAACUCAGUCACCUUUAAAAUUAGGGAGCUGACAAUCUCUUAUUAAACAAAUCAAGAAAGAACUAAUUCAGACCACAGAGUACAUCUUCAUCUAGAAUAGUCUGUCUGUUUUAUGCUUACAUUUACCAAAAUGCAAAAUCAAUGGAAUUAUAGGCAAAUUGUAAUCAUAUUGAAACAGUACAAUGAUCAUAAAGACAUAAACCCUUAUAUAAGGGUUUAUCUAUCUAAGUGGAGAGUUUUCCUACAUAGCCACUGGAGUCCAGGAGUAACAGGAGUGCACAUCGAAACAGGUCCCAUGAUACAGUCGUUCAGACUUGAUUUUAGCAUCAUAAGCUAAACAGUAGGGUCACAUGAUCAGAGAGGUUUAGGCUUUCACCAGUAGUGCAUAUGCGUUAUAUCAUUAUCACUACAAACUAAAUUGCAUUCCUGUUGUGUACAUUUUUUAAAGAUGUUUCCAGGUGAAGAAAAUGAGAAUGUCAUUAAAAAAAUUUAAUGAAAUAACUGGUUAAAACAAUCUUACCAUUACUUUGUUAUUAUCCAGAGGAAUAAAGUGAAUUGUUCUUAAACCUGAAUUGGAUAAUAUUGCAAAACUAGACUCAUAUUAUGAUGGAGUGGGAGAAGGAAUGGGCUUUUCUGUGUUCAUCAGAUGAUAACAGAUGGUAAGAGAAGUCAUUAACAAGCACUUUAUUGUAGAUAAUGUCCUAAUAAAAUAUGAUUGCUGUUGAAAAUGAUCAGUAAAUGCAAUAUACAAUUUUGAAACAAUAUACAACAGAAGUAUUUGCUUAAUUUUUCUCAGUUUGCAGUAUUUAAUUAAAACAUGUCUGAUUUUGUACAUUUUAA